AUGGUACGCCUACAAUUCGUCUGUACCGUCCGUCCCCUCAAGUCCCCAUUUCCUCUUAACUUACAGGCAUUUGAACUCAACCCCUUCAAGGAGUCGUGGGUUGCUGGCCCCCAUGACACCGAAUUUUACACACGCACGUAUAAUAUCCAUCCAGCUUCAUCUCGCCCCCAGGCGCAUGUCAUCUAUGUGCAUGGACACACUGAACAUAUUGGAAGACAUGACCUCAUUUUUCCUCAGUGGAUUGCGAGGGGUGUCUCCGUCUUUGCUUUUGAUCAGAGGGGGUUUGGUCGAACAGCGAACGAUCGAUGGCACAACGGAGCAAGCAAGGGUGAGGAAUUGAGCGAAGCAGUGGUUGAGGAACGGUACUCCGUUUCGAGCUGGGAGCAACAAAUGAAUGAUCUUGCAUUCUUCAUUCGACGUGAGAGGGAGAGGGUUGGGGACGUUCCCAUUUUCCUAGUGGGCUAUUCAAUGGGAGGUGCAGAAUCUCUUUCGUUCGCCUGCAGGCCUCACCCUCACAAGGAAGCACUCAAGUUAAUCAAGGGAAUCAUCGCCUUUUCGCCACCACUUGGCCCUGCUAUAAAGCAGGGCGAGUUUACGGUCCACGGUCAAGACGACAGAAUGGACAUAAACUGGGGGUUUAAUGCACAGUUCCUGUCAAGGGACAACCGAGUAGUUUUAGCCUUCCGAGCGGAUCCGUUUAUAAGAUCUGUCUGCCACGUAGGGCUUGCGAAGGAUAUCUGGUACAAUGGUGCCCAACUGUUAGAGAAGCAUUACAAGACGUGGCCAGAGGAUCUUCCUGUGCUCGUUAUCCACGGAAGCGGCGAUCUCGUGAUCACCUCCUAUGCAGAUUCCAAGGCCUUUGUCGAAAAGCUCAGGGCAACAGAUAAGCGCUAUUCCUUGAUUCCUGGGGCUUUCCACGAGUUACAUCAUGAACCGGAUGGAGUAGGAACGAAUUUUGUCAACGAGUGCAUAACCUGGGUUAUGACCCAUGCUUAA